ACAGCUCGCCAACUCAGCCGACGCAGCUCUCAGCCUUGUCUGCCUCGACCCCGCCUCGUCGAGACAACAGAUCAAACAGACUCUGCCCCCUUGAAAAGAAAAGCCCUGCUCGAUACUCUGCACGUACGAUAGCUCUUGUUAGCCACCAUGGCUGGCCUCUCGGAGGCUUCUGCCGUCUUUGCAACUAUCCAAAUGGCCCAGGUGGUGAUCGAAUAUUCUGCAAAGUACAUAUCCAACGUUAAGGAUGCAAAAAAGAGCAUGGAGAAGCUGCAGACUGAGGUGAAGAGUUUAACAACAGUGUUGGAAGGCCUUGAAAAACAGCUCAAAUCGGCGGAAGAUGACCGAUCACUUCGCGUCACUCGCGAACUGAAGGAUGCGAUCGAUCGAUGCUCCUCGCACAUCUCUUCGUUACAGACAGACCUCCAGCAUUGGCAAGGAGAGAAGUCCUGGACCCAAAGAAUCAAGUGGCCGUUGAGGAGGUCUCGAGUCGAAGAUGCUGUCGAGUAUGUUGACCAAUGCAAGAAGACAAUCAUUCUCGCCCUCCAGGUCGAUCAAACAGCUCUGAUAGUCGAGACUAAGCGGGAAAUCGAGUCUAUCAAACUCCCCAUUGAGGCCCGAGCCAUUUUCGAUUCGUUCUCAGAUCGAGGGGACGAGUGCUUGCCGGACACCAGAACAGAUCUGCGUCGCCAGGUGGUGCAAUGGGCGGAAGACCCGAGCAGUAAAUCGAUCUUCUGGUUGAACGGCAUGGCUGGGACAGGAAAGUCCACCAUCGCCCGGACGCUGGCUAGACAUUUUCAAGAAAAGGGCCAACUCGGCGCGAGUUUUUUCUUCAAGCGAGGAGAAGGUGCGCAGGGCGACGCGUCAAGAUUCAUUACCACUAUUGCCCAGCAGCUAUUAUAUCGAAUUCCUAAGCUAGCGUCGGAAGUUCGACAGGCAUUGCUGGCUGAUACGCUCCUUCCGGAAAAGAACAUCGCAGAACAGUUCCAGAUGUUUAUUUUAGGACCACUCAAGGCAUUGAGCAUGUCAACCCAACUUGUUGUCCUGGUCAUCGAUGCGCUUGACGAGUGCGAGCCACGGCGCGAUGUCCAGCUCAUCCUGAAACUCCUUUCUUCGACACCAGAGGUCACCACUGUCAGGCUUCGGAUAUUCAUCACCAGCAGACCGGACAUGCCUAUCCCAUCGGCGUUCAAACGCAUGUCAGACUCCACCUACCAAAACCUCCUCCUCCAUCAAAUCUCGGAGGACAUCAUUCGACAUGAUAUAGAGGUCUUCCUGACUCACAGGCUGGCUGAGAUCCGACAUGAACACUGUCUGCUCCCUGAAUGGCCUGGUCCCGAGAAGAAACAAGCACUGCUGGAUAUGGUCUUGCCACUGUUUAUCUGCGCUGCUACCGUUUGUCGAUUCAUUGCCGAUCCUCGGUGGAAUCCCGAGAGGCGCCUGCAAGAAAUCCUACAGUACAAAUUGAUCGCACAAAUCUCACAGCUGGACAUCACCUAUCGGCCAGUAUUGGAUCACCUGCUGGCUGAUCUGAGUAAGAAAGAAAGAAGUCUGUUUCUCAACGAAUUUCAUCAAGUCGUGGGCUCGAUCAUUGUCUUUUAUGAACCCCUUUCAGUGGCUUCCCUCUCUGCCUUACUUGAUAUCCCCGAACAUGAUAUCAGCUGUAGGAUCAACGACCUUCAUUCAGUCUUGGAGAUCCCCUCGGACAACACUCGGCCUAUCAGGCCACUUCACCUCUCCUUCCAUGAUUUUCUCGUCGACCCGGAUAAGCAAGACGAUUAUCCAUUUUGGGUCAAUGAAAGGGAACGACACGCCGAUCUGACGCAUGCCUGUUUGCGACUGCUUUCUAAAAAGGGAGUUUUACGAAAGAAUAUAUGCAACCUCCCAAGCCCUGGGACAGAACGAACUGCAAUCAGUCCGCAGACGAUCCAAGAGUCCUUGUCGGUGGAGGUUCAAUAUGCCUGUCGAUACUGGAUUCGUCAUUUAAAAGAAAGCGGUGCCCAUAUCUGUGAUGGUGACCUCGUUCACAGCUUCCUUAGUACAUCUUUUCUACACUGGCUGGAAUGUUUGAACCUAAUGGGAGGGAUGUCAAGGAGUGUCAGUCUUAUGGAGACACUGCAGCUGAUGUGUUCUCCUGAAAAGGGCACUGAAGUCUCGCAACUUCUGUGUGAUGCCCAGCGCUUCGUCAUGAGGAACCGGGUCAUAGUUGACGCCUACCCUCUCCAACUGUACUCGUCUGCACUCUCAUUCGUGCCCCAGAUGUCUUUGGUUAGACAACUGUUCGAGGGCCAAAUGUUGAAACCAUCUCCUCAGCUUUCCAACCCUAUAUCUUCGUGGGACGCAAAAUUGGAGUCAUUUGAUAUAUCUCCCAAUGGCCACACAGCCGUUUCCCCAAAUAGACAACUGAUAGCCAUUUCGGGUCAUGUGGGCCUCGAAUUGAUCAACUUAAUAACAGGCACCCGGCUGUCUUUAAGUGUUUCUAGACCUAGUUUUAUCAGGUUUUCCGAUGACAGCCACUGGUUGUUGGCUGUCUUUCGCGAUCAAGAAUCUUCCAGAGUCGAAAUAUUUGAUACCCAAUCUGGUCUUCUGGAACAAAUAAUACAAAAUCCCCACGCCGGGACGCAGCUUUGGUGGCAGGGCUUUCAGGCCAGCCUCUCCCCUGACAACAAACUAGUCACUAUUACAGCUCCCGAAGACAGCGCCAUCACAAUCUUGGAUCGUCAAAGCAGUGGGCUAUUACAAACCCUUAAGGUAAACAGAUCCCACUUUGCUUUUUCUCCAGACUCACGGGCACUGGUUUUUGUCUCGAGUGAGAAUCAGGUCGUGAUCCAAGAUCUGGUACCGCCCUAUUACGACAAGAAGACCAUCAUUAGCACAUUGGAUCGGGGUUUCACAUCUAGGAACUUGGCCAUUUUUCCAGAUGGGAACCGAAUCGCUCUAUCUGUCCAAAACAGAUUCGGAUGUCUGAUCCAAGUGUGGAAUCGAUGGACGGGGAGCCUAGAGCAUACAUUGGAUGGUCAUUGUAUCAUCAAUCCAUCCUUUUUUCCUGAUGGAAGGCUGAUUGUUCAAAAAUCCGAUGAGCUAAAAGUCAGCUUAGAAGACGAAGGACCUUUCCUAUGGGAGCCCAUUACUGGGACCCUCAAGCAGUUAAUACCAGAGCAAUGCAAACAAAUCAGUUUUACAGCGGAUGAGAGAUAUAUUCUCACAUUAAAUCCUGUUGGUACAGCCAAACUGUGGGAUUUUAAGACUCAAACUGUUUGUUGCUCAUGGUAUAGCCAUGGUGAUAAGAUAGAUAGAGCCUUUAUCAGAGGAGAUGAAAAGGCACUCAUAUUAAUUUACAACUACAAGAUUGAAAUCUGGGAUCUGUGGGCUGAUGAGACUAUUUUAUCAUUAUCAUCAUCAUCUCUAAGUGAACUUGGUUCAGUCUGCAGUGUGAAUAUAUCGCCAACUAGCAAUUUGAUAUGCGCAGUCCACAUAGGCCAGCAAGUCAGCAUUUGGAAAGCCGACGGCAUACCGCAGAAAACAUGGGAUCUUCCUGGCAAUGAUUUUGACCGGUUUAAGGUUCUCUUCUCAUUAGACGGGACAUUAUUGGCUUUGCAAUUCACUGGUCACAUUGAAAUCAGGAAUACAGCAUCAGGAAACCUGGUUUGCAGAAUUCAGAUACCAUUGGGCUCUUUAAUGAUGGCCUUCUCUCCCAAGAACACCGCCAUAUUGUCAUGCAAUAAAAGUGAAAUGCUCAGUGCGUGGUCUCUCCCUACUGGAACCCUUGAGAAAACGUGGAAAGCGCCUCUAGCCAUGUGCUCCUCUCUGUCCCCAGAUGGAGGACUUUUGGCGGCAGGGUCACUGGACGGCAGCAUCGUCAUCAAGGACGGGCACACUGAUCAUACGCUACAAACAAUCGAGGCGUCUGGGGUGCGUAAAUUUCUCCUUUCCGAGGACGCUCGUCUGGUUGCAUCAGUGGGUAGAUUCAGGGUCAACAUAUGGAAUAUCCAGACCGGCGAACUCGUCCGGACUGCAUACCUGCCUGGGCUUUCAGAGGAGGAUAGGGUGUGCUCGUAUGGGCAGUACCUGGCAUCAUUUGCAGAAGACGGAACCAUCCGAGUGUGGAACUUGGAAACCAGAGCCAUUCACUCGGCAUGGAAGGCUUAUCCUGCUUUUGUUUAUCCAUCGCAAACAAUCGCCCUAUGUCCAGAUGGUCGCUGCUUGAUCUCAAGCGGGCGUAACUACCAAUCGGAAAACUAUCGAGUGCACCUGCUUGAUCCAUCUAGUGGAUCAAUCCAGCCACUCGCCGAAGAGAGCUUGGCGAAUUCGAUCGAAUUCUCGCAAAAUGGCGAGAUGAUGGCAUCUAGUCUGGGCUGUACGAUUGAGCUUUGGAGCCUCCAAGAUGCACGCUUGCUGAAAACGCUCAGUGGCCACGACGCUCUGGUGGAUGACCUCGUGUUCUCUCCCGAUGGUCGGAGAUUGGUCUCCAAGUCCGUCAAUGGGACAGUCAAUCUAUGGGAUCUGGACGCGAUGACAGCUUGGGAAGUACCCAAUGAUGUCUGGAUCAAGGCUGUAGCUUUCUCCCAUGACAGCCGGUUACUUUCACUUCACCUUCACCAGGAUCAAGUGAAGAUAUGGGACAUUGAAGCAAAGGCUUGCCUUGCGACAAUCUAUCAAGAGGAUGUCACAGACAUUUCCUUCUCUCCUGAUGAUCGAUAUCUUUUGAUAUUACAAAUAUUACGGGAUGCCAAUUCAACAACCGGAAGUUUGUGGGAUCUGAAAGAGAGCCAGCUCUAUUCUUGGUCUGAAAGUAGGAAAAUCAGACGCUCGCUCUUUGCACCAGAUGGAAGGUUAUGCAUGCUGUAUAUAAAUGGUGGAUUUUCCUUGCAUCAAGCAAUCAGCUGGCAAGUAGAUAUCCAGUGUGAUUGUGAUCCUGUUGCAAUCGCUGCCUGGUCGCCCGAUGGAAAGUGGCUCAUCACAGAGACCACAUACGAGGAAAUCAUUGUCUGGGAGACAGAAACUUAUACGAUUCGCUCCUCCCUCCCUGGCCAUGUCUUGGCUGGAAGAAAAUUCUGUUUUGAAUCACCAGACAGACUGCUGGUAUCCGAAUAUAGAAACAGUUCGAUAAAACGGUGGUGUUUUCUCUCAGGAGACUUGGAGGGGUUCUCUCAGCAGGACACAAGCGACAAGGUCAUGCCCUUACCGGACAGCAGGAUAGCAAUCGCCAGUCUGGAAAAAUUUACGAGGAAUGGCGAUGAGUACGAGACUAUUUUGUGGGACUUGGAUACAGGAAAACGCAUGGCGACCCUCAAUGAUCACCGACUGUUCAGUCUUGGCGAAAGAUUCUCCGCCGAUGGCCGAGUGAUUGUCUCAUCGAGGGAUGACAAGACACUCCAGCUAUGGAAUCCGCACACCGGUGCGCUUCAACUCUUACUCCAGUCAGUAGAGGACAUCUAUCUUGUGGCAAUCUCUGAGAACCGUCGACUAGUAGCAACAGGACACAAGUCUAACGUUAAACUCUGGGAUUCGGAAUCCAAAUACACGCAGAUCGGUCAAUUCUCCAUCUCUGGGGAUCUGACAAUGUCACUGACGUUCUCACCGGAUAGCAAGUUUCUGGUAGCAGGUGACAAGAAGAAGGUUCAAAUCUGGCGUCUCGACGUCCGGAAAAAACAACCGCUACAGAUGUGGAGGACGAUUGAGAUCGAGAAUUGCUACAAUGCUACCUUUUCACCUGAUGGGAAGCUGCUUAUUUUCGGGAAGGUUACCCAGUCCUGGGAUCCAGUCACGGACGAGAGACGAAUUUUACUCUCUGGCCACACUCGAAAAGUCACCGCAAUCACUUUCUCGCAUGAUGGGAGCCGUCUUGCCUCGGCUUCAAAGGAUCACACCAUCAAUAUCUGGGAUGUCCCCACGGGCAGACAUCAGAUGACACUAGAAGUCCGGAUGGAUAUCAGGCAGAUGAGAUUCUCCCAGGAUGACUCCUAUCUUAUCACAGACGCGGGAACGUUUGCACUUCCAGCUACUGCCCCAGAUGCCUUUAGCUUCUAUCCUCACCCUGAACCUGGCCCUUGCUUGUGGAUUGAAGAUGAGUGGGUGGUCAGAGGGGCGGAGAAAAUCCUUUACCUACCAACGGAAUACCGGCCGACAGAUCUUGAUUACAACGAUGGGCUCUUGGUCUGGGGUACCGAGAAUCACGGGCUAGUCUUCAUGAGGGACGAUUUCCCUACUAACUGAUGACUGGUGAACCCUAUGAGCGAGUAAAAGUCAGUAGUCAACGGCCAUAGGAUCUUCAGUUGGCAGUAUUAUUGGGUACUUUGGAGCAUUGAAUGGCUAUUGACAGCCGAAAGCGGAUUCAAUAACAGGGUUCAAUAAAUGAUCGGCGGUACUGGGACAGAAUGAAAUAUCAAUAGGAAGAUUAAAUCAAUAGCAUCGAGUCAUGCAUUGAUGUAUAAAUCAUUGCAUCCUGAUUUAUUCUCACCACAAUACUUACUACUCUAUUGCAAGUAUCAAUCAAUCUUGAAAUGCAUCUCAUCUCUCUGCUUUCC